CAGGCAACCGCUUUUAGUUCAGUGACUCUGUUCAUCAUGUCUACCUUCGAAGGGGAAUUCCAAGACAUAAAUGAAGUUCAACUGCAAUUCAUAAAAAAUGUGAUCGAAGAAAAAGGUUUCAAAGACAGCAAAGUGGUAAUUGCCCCCGCCGGAAUAGCAGGAGACAACUAUGCAGCAAAUGUGAAAAGAAUCAAGGUCGAAGGUGAAAAUGGACAGUUAUCAAUUAUUGCCAAAAUAGCCCCAACUAAUGAAAUAGUUCGGAAACGUGUAAAUGCCAAUACCAUGUUUGGUAAUGAGCAUAUAAUUUACACAGAAUUCCUGCCAAAAUUGAUUCAACUGCAGAAACAAGUUGGAACACCAGACGAGGACCUAGUUAAAUUCCCACAAUGCUACGGAACUUACGUCGAAGCACCCAACGAAGUUAUUCUUCUUGAAGAUCUUAAAGAGUUAGGUUUCUCUAUGCAAGACAGACUUAACUCACUUUCUGAUGAAAGCGUGACCAGUGUAUUGAGAAAUUUAGCGAUCUACCACUCCUUGUCUUAUGUUUUGAAAAGUAAGGAACCUGAUACCUACAACUAUUUCAAAGACAACCUAAGAGACAUGUGGGGAGCUAUGGCUGAGCUACCUGAAGAAGAACUCGCUUACUUUAGCCAACUUGAAGAAUUUAUCAUGCAAAUGGUAGCUGAUCCAGAAUAUAAUAACCUGAUAAAGAACAGAGUUAGAGAAAUCGCACCACGAGCUGCUAAAAUGUCGAAAUUUGAAAAUGGUAGUCGAUUCGCAGUUAUUCAACACGGUGAUGCUUGGACAAACAAUAUUAUGUUCAAAUUCGAUGGCGAGACAUUAAAGGAAUCCAUCUUAAUAGACUACCAGGUAGCGAAGAACGCCAGCCCAGCAAAUGACCUUCUAUACAUGAUCUUCAACUGCACCGACCAUGAGAUCCGACUGAAGAACUUCUACAACUGGUUGGACUACUACCACUCAGAGCUAGACAAGUCCUUGUCAAACUAUGGUCUGAAAGCCAACUACGUUUACCCAAGGGAUCAGUUGGAUGCGGAUUUGAAGAGGUACGGUAAAUUGCAGUUUGGUUGCUCAUUGCUUUUAUGCAGUGUGCUAUCAGCCAAGCCCGAAGAAGCAGCUAAGUUUAAAGAGUCCAUGGAAAACGAAAGUCUUGAAGACUCAAUGGAUCCGAUGAAAAAUUUGCAAGUGGAAACAAUGGAACGUAUUAAAAAGAAGAUCACUGGUGUUAUUGAGAGCUUCAUUGAAUUCGGUUUGUUGUAAAUUGUACGUGAAGAGUUUACUUACGUUAUUUUAUUUAUAUUAUUAAUUAAUAAACUUAAUUAAUUGUUGUGCCUA